AUGGCACAUGCCCCUCGAUCCAACGCAUUGCCGCACCCAGGCUCCCAGCUCAGCAUUCGAGACAGCUACGCAACCACGACACCAACCUUCAGGAGGCAAGACCAUCAUAUUCCACGCUCCCCAUCCUUCGGCGGCAUAACCUCGAGACGGCAUCCACUAUCGCCCACCCCUAGUCCAGCAACCUACAACACACACAGGAUGGACGGCACAUACGGGUCAAAGACCCAACCCAACAUACCCCCCCUUACCAGCAUCGUCGAGUGUGGUGUCCUUUCAUAUGGCGGCCCUCAAGCAACACCCAUCAAGGUGGAGAUUACCGGAAUCAUCGACAAGGGCUUUUUCCUUGCUGAGGAGCAGUGGACCUGCUACAGGCGCAACUACUUUUCCUGUGUUUGCUCCUUCUCUUUGACCCCCAACCUUCCCACCACGGAGAUCCAAUUUGUUCAGACUGGAUCGCCACAGCCUUAUACAGUCUAUGGCUUUGCCAUGUCUAUCUCUGCAGCUGUAGCCGACAGCGACAACCAAACAAUCGAGCUGGUUCAGCAUACGCCAAAGCGAGACAAGGGGCCGGUUGCCAAGCCCGAGAAGGUCCGGUUGCUACCAAAGCCGGCUCAACAAACCCACCACCCUCUGAGCGGAUUGUACAACAACCCCGACGGAAGUCUCUCUUCAUCCAGAGCAUACGACCACCAGCCAUACGGGCAACAACAAAGCCCUCUCCCAACUGAGCACACCUUCGAGCGUAUACAGUUCAAGCAGGCCACGGCGAACAACGGCAAGAGGAGGGCUGCUCAACAAUACUACCACCUCAUCGUCGAGCUAUGGGCUGAUGUUGGAAGCCAGGGAGGGGCAGACAAUUACAUCAAGGUAGCCUACAGAAAGUCAGCCAAGAUGAUUGUCCGCGGCCGGUCUCCAGGUCAUUAUCAGAAUGAGAGGAGAGGAAGCACUAGCAGCGGGCCAGGGGGUUCCGGCGCCGGUAGCAUUGGCGGCGGUUAUUCUUCAGUCCUCGGGCCUGGCGGCGAUUACCACCCUGGUGGCUCGAUGCUCCCUGGCGGCUUCACGCAAUUUGGUGACCCGAGAGGAGGCUAUGGAGCACGGCAUCACCAUGAGCUUACCAUGGAACCCAUGAUGUCCCAUGACGAAGCCAAGUCGAUGACGGAACACAAGGGAUACCAAUACUUCCCCGCAACGAUCUACGAGAGUGAGCAUGCGGACCCAAGACAUCAACAGGUUGAACUGUUCUCCCACAGUCGCACGGAGGCAGAGAGCAACACUGUUCCCUCAAUGUCCAGCGGCUAUGAUCCGACAAAAGCCAAGCCCGAGGGGGAGAAUGGCCUUCCCAGUAUGUUUUAUCCACCAGUCAGCUCAUACUACUCACAGCAACGCUGCGGAAGAUUUGAGGGCAAAAGCAGCUCUAGUGGGUACUACCCCACCAGCAUUCCGCCAUCUUCGACAAUGAAUAUGACAUAG